AUGGCUUCCCACUUCUCUCUCUCCGCCGUCUCCCUCAUCACCCUCCUCUCCCUCCUCCUCCUCCUCUCCCCAACCGCCGCGGCACCCUCGCCGGACACCUUCUCCACGGUCAUCGGAGCCACCUACUCGGCCUCCACCGCCGCCACCUACCCCGCACCUCUCACCCCGGAGCACCUGGCCUCCGCCGUCGCAUCCCUCAACCUCGCCGCGCUCCGUCUCGACGUCUCCGACCCCGGGAUCGUCCGCGCCUUCCUCUACUCCAACACCACUCUCAUCCUCACCAUUCCCAACGCCCUUGUGCCGCCGCUCGCCGCCAACCGCUCCAACGCCAUGCGGUGGCUCUACGCUCACGUCGUCCCGUUCUUCCCCCGCACCAAGAUCGCCGCCAUCUCCGUCGGCAACGACCUCCUCGAGUCGGCGCCGGAGUUCUCCCAGUUCCUCCUCCCGGCGAUUCAGAACGUCCACCUGGCGCUCCUCGACAUCGGGAUCCACAAGAUCGCCGUCUCCACCACCUUCUCCUUCGUCAACGUCAUCACGACGCCGUUCCCUCCCUCCGCCGCGCAGUUUCAAGACGCGCCGCUCCAGACGGUGGUCCGUCCUCUCCUUCAGUUCCUCCGUGGCACCAACUCGUCCUUCUUCGUCAACCUCUACCCCUACAACCUUUACCGCCUCCGGAGCGAGAUUCCGAUUGGCUUCCCUCUCUUCCAGGACCACCCCUUCGGCUUCCGCGACGACAUGACCACCGGCGUCCGCUACCGGAACCUCUUCGACAUGAUGGUCGACGCCGUCAUCUCCGCCAUGGCUGUCGCCGGACACGAGAACAUCCCGAUCGUCGUCACCGAGACCGGCUGGCCCAGCUGCAGCACCGACCCGAGAGAAGUGGAGGCCAACCCGGUUUACGCGGAGCUCUACCUCAAUGGGCUAUUGGGCCACCUCAAGUCGGGUCGGGGCACCCCGCUCCGGAAAGAAGGGCUGCCUCAAGUCUUCAUCUACGAGCUGAUUGAUAAGCAAGUCAGGCAGGGACGCCAGUGGGGGAUUCUGUUCCCGAAUAUGACCAAGAAAUACAAGAACGUUGACUUCAGAUCUGACUCCGACGGCCUUCUCGGAGGUUUCAGCUUCUUGAAGGUGGUGCUUGGUCAACUCUUGGUCUUUGCGUUCCUCUUGAAUCAGUGGUAAAAGCUGCUAUCUCUAUGCUCUGUGAUUUUAGGUGACCUGUAAAAUUGAAGCUUCUUUAUGAUUUGCUUUGCGGAGAAUUGAAAUUUUGGGGCUUUGAUUUUUACUACUGGU